AAGACAGACAGCUCCUGACGUACAUCGCCAUCAUGUUGCUAGAAGAGCAAAGGUUUAUUCAUGAAGACCUUGAGAGAUUAGAGCAAGCCAUCGCCGACCGCGUGGCCGAAGAACCGCGAAACAUCCGGGAAGGUUUAGCUCGCGAUCAUGAGAUAGCUCGAUUUUUGGAUCGUAUCGAAGAACAGUCGAAGAGACUACUCGAGAUCUACAAAGAUGCCGACCAGUUACGUCAGAAGGAGAUACAGACGAUCGGGACUGGGGACCAAUUUGAGGAGUUUUAUAGACAGCUUGCCGACAUCAAGGAUUUCCACAAGCGUUACCCUAAUGAGCCAGUCGAGAACCUCGAGCGAGCAUAUAAGCGCCGUCAGCCGGGAGAAGGCGAACCCAUCGGCUCAGAAAUCGACAGGAUGUUCACUGGCGAGGAAAGCUAUGGACAGUUCCUGGAUCUCACAAGCAUACACGAAACUUACCUGAAUUUGCCCGGGGUAAAGAGGUUGACGUAUAUUCAGUAUCUCGAUAUUUUCGAUGUCUUCACUCCACCACAACUCCCUAUUAAGCGCAACAACAAGCUCUCCGACAGAUACUUCAAGUAUGUCGGGGAUCUUGCAGCAUACUUGGAGGACUUUAUUAAGCGAGUUAAACCCCUACAGGAUCUCAACAAGCUAUUUGCCAGCUUUGACGACGAGUUCGAGAAGCAGUGGGCAGUCAACGAAGUCCCUGGGUGGACGGAAGAGAAGCCAGAGAAUAGUUCCCAAGGACCAAAGACCGAGGGAACUGGCGAGGGUAUAUGGUGUGCAGACUGUGAGAAGGAAUUUAAGAAUGAAAACGUCUACAAGAGCCAUCUUACUGGCAAGAAACACAUUCGGGCUGCUGAAGCUCGCAAAAGCAAUGAAGACAAGCCGUCACAGCCAACGCAGGGCGUCAAGUCCGUAGCCCACCGUUUGAAGGAGCGUGCAGUCGCUGAGCGUGAGCAUCGUAUCCGGUGCCUCGCAAAAACCCUCCAACCAGAGCGUCAAGCGACACGCAUGAACGUCGAGCGGAAACAGGGCAUGACAGAACGAGAACGCCAAAUGGAGCUUGAUGCUUUACUCUCCUAUUCUGAAAAUGCAGGAGAAGCUAACAAUGACCAGUCCGAUGACGAAGGGGAUGAACGAAUCUACAACCCAUUGAAAUUGCCGCUUGCCUGGGAUGGAAAGCCCAUCCCAUACUGGCUCUACAAGCUACAUGGCUUGGGGGUGGAGUAUCCAUGUGAGAUCUGUGGGAAUUUCGUGUACAUGGGUCGUCGGGCGUUCGACAAACACUUUUCAGAGGCCCUGCAUAUCUUCGGUCUGAAAUGCUUGGGAAUUACUUCUAAUACCAACCUCUUUCGUGAGAUCACUAAAAUCGACGAGGCUCUCAGACUCUGGGAGAAGUUGGAACAGGACCGAAAGAAGGAUAGGGAGCUUCGUGAUAAUGUCGUACAGAUGGAGGAUGCAGAGGGGAAUGUUAUGCCGGAAAGAAUAUACAUGGAUCUCCAAAAACAGGGCAUUCUGUAAUCCUUCAUGCCCAACCUAGUUUAUCAGCUUCGCUGGCGGCAUGGAGUUCGGCGACUGGGUCUGUUUGGUUGCUUUCGUGGUUAAGAUGUCCGUCAACCUAUUGAUUGAGAAGUUUUAAAGAAAGCUUACGUGGCAAAGCUAAGCCAUUCACAUCCUGUAUUCUAGAGAUUGCCAGUUAUAUGACUGAGUGCAUGUUGUCUUGGCACACUAUAUUCGAUUGUGCAGGCAAUAAUAUCACGUGUUUUCGUGAACCAUGGAAUAGACGUGGGCAUCAUUUGAAAAUAAUGUCGCGCCCCUUUCCACCCACAUAUAUUCUGGAUCAAUUCUCUGAUGGUUUGCUCUUUCUGUCUAUUUGCUAUCUGCUUCAAUCAUGCUUGUAGCAUGUCUUGUGGUAUCCGAUAUCGAUUGUACCGGAUCUACACGCUGAUCCGCCUGGGAAACGAGCUCGUAACGUAGCCGCUUCCCUAAUUGUC